AUGGCCGUCCUGGUGCUUGUCCAUGCCACUCCCACCGCUGUCCCUGUCAUCAGCCGUGUGGAGCAAGCCAUCAGCAAGAUUGACGUGGGAAGUCUGGACGUGCAGAAGAUCACCAGCGACAUCUUGAACGGAAAGGUGGACCUCACUGGGCUCGCGAAAGAGAUCGAUCUGGGCCCUCCCACGAAGACCGAGGCGCCGAAGAUCGACAUUGUAGAGUGA